UUCAAAUCACGCUUCUGCAUAGUUCAAAAAGACCAAGUUAUUAGAAAAUCUAUUGUUCAUUCACACACAAAAUCACACUGGUUGUGAAAAUUGAAGAAUAUUUUGUAACAAUAAAAUGUGUAUAAAAAAUUUAUAUUCUGUAAUAUAUUUAAAAGUUAAAAAAAGUGUUGAAAUGAAAAUAUCUCGAAUUUGUUAGUUUAUAUACAUAUAUGUGUGUGGGUGGGUGUGUAUGUAUAUAUAUGUAUAUAUUAAAUUUGACAAAUUUUUGAAGUGUUGAACAAAUGUUGAUUAGUUCGCGCAAUGACUUGGCAUCAAAGUGCGCAUGAAGUACAAUAAAGAAACCACUGUCACAAUGUUUUGCCAAAAUUGUUGAUAUCAUUAAAAAGGAAAAAAAAAAAAACCCAAAAAACAGAAAGAUGGGAGGAAUAAGUUGGAGCGAAUUAUUUCCGGGAAGAUGGAGUUCUGUCAUAUUUAUUUCCUAUGUAGCUCUCUUUAUAAAUCAAGGUAUUCUUGUGACAUGGUCUCAAAGAAGUGGUCGUUAUGAAUAUAAUACCGUGGCAGUUGUGUUGAUGACAGAAGUUUUAAAAUUAGUUAUAUCUGCAGCAUUCUAUUGUAAGGACAAUAGUAUUUUAACUCUAAUUCAGGAGACAAAGAAGAAUAAAAAGGUGCUUUUACUGUACAUGAUACCUGCAUUUUUAUAUUGUCUCUACAACAAUCUAGCAUUUGUCAAUUUGGCUAGAUUUGAUCCUACGACAUACUAUAUCUUGCUACAAUUUCGCGUUGUGCUUACAGGAAUCAUAUUUCAAGUUAUUUUUCGCAAAAAAUUGUCUAUGAUACAGUGGUUUUCACUAAUAAUCUUGACAGGUGGUUGUAUGGUAAAGCAUUUUGAUGUCCAUGUCUUUGAUACAGAAUUCCAUGUAGAUAUUUCUCUCUUUCUAAUUCUUAUACAGACAACAUGCUCUUGUUUAGCUGGUGUUUAUAACGAGUACUUGCUCAAGCAUCAAGGUGCAGACAUUGACAUUUUUGUACAAAAUGUAUUUAUGUAUAUUGACAGUAUUUUCUGCAAUAUUGUAGCAAUUGUUUUAUUGACAACAUUCAAGAAUAGUGUUAGUGAUACAUUUAGUAACAUUGAAAUCAGUUCAUCUUUGCAACCAAAAAUAAUAUUAAUUAUGUUAAAUAAUGCAAUUGUUGGAAUAAUAACAAGUUUUUUCUUGAAAACUUUAAAUUCUAUUUUAAAGACUUUUGCUAGUGCAAUGGAACUGAUUUUUACAGCAGUGUUAUGUUGGAUUUUAUUUAAUAUAGUUAUUAAUACAAACACUGUCAUUUCUAUAGCUAUGGUAAGUUUAGCCAUUAUUUUGUAUUCAAAAAAUCCUGUACAAAACAUUCAAUCUAAGGAAACGACAGAAAGUAGAAAACUUCUAGUAUAAAAACACACAUACACACAGUAUCAGUAUUAAAUUUUUUAAAUAAAUGUGUGUGCCACAAAUAAAAUUAUGAAACAAAGUGAUAGUGUGUAUUACCAUUAAUAUUAAAAAUUGUUAUAAAUUUUUUUCUUUGUGAUAACACAAACUUUAUAGUUUUCAAUAAUUAUGUCAUAUGUUGUAUAAUAUAUUCAAUGUCAAUUUUAAUACAAUGAUUGUUAAAAAAUCAGAAUAUUAUAAUUUCUAUUAUCAAAUUAAUGAAGAAUUAUUCAGAUUCAGAUUAUAAUAAGAUCUAAUUAGUAAAAUACUAAUCCCUUUGUUUUUAAAAUUAAAGAAAUUUUAUAUAUGUGUCAAAUUACAAAAUUAAAAUAACUUUAUAUUUUUACAUUUUUAUUUUUUUUAAACAUAUUAAAAAAUAAAAACAUCAAAAAUAGUAAAUUUUAAACUAUAUAUGAAUUAUAUAUAUUUUGAGACAUCAAAUUUUGAUAUUACAAUUUGUGUAAAUAUAUCUUAUAUACUGUUUAUACAAUUCAAUAAAAGAGUAUAAUAUCCAAAUUGAAGGAUUAUUUUGUUAAAAUCUUUAUUAUAUAUAUUAUUUUUUAUGUUACACAUGGCUUUUUUACUUACACACACACACACACAUACAUACUUAUAAACAGAUAUCUAAUAGUUGUCAAGUUUUAUACACACAUACAUAUUUUAAACAUACAAUUCCUUAAAAGUCAAUUUUCGAAUGCUAUCUACCUAUAAUUUAUUUAUAUUUUUUCCAAAUUCUCUAUUUGGAAGCUCGUACAUGGAAAAGUUCUAUCACAUAUACACAUAUGAUGUGUACUACAUAUCAAGAAAGUUGAAAAAUUAUGUAUAUGUUGAAUAUUAUUUACUAGCAAUUUUGUAGUAAUACUUAAAUUAUCAAUAAUAUAUAAAUUUUCUAAUCUUCUGAUAAAUUUUUUAUAAUUUUUAGAUAUUAAAAUUGCUUUUUAUAUUUCAAUGAAUUUUUAAUUAGUUUACAAAUGUUAGUGAAUGUUAAAGUGAACGUAAAAAGCUAUAUUCACAAAUCAUAUUUAAGUAGCUGUAGCAAGAGAAAAUUCAUUAAUAAAAGAUGUAAGGAAUAUUACCUCACAUAAUUGGUAUUGUCAAAGAUUAUAAUCAGAAGUAAUGCAAUUAUAAAUUACUAUAACUUACUUUAUAUAAAUACGUUACAAAUGCAAAAUUGUGUAGAGUGUUCCUGAAAUAAAUCAUCAGAAUUUUAGAUUUUAUAUUAGAUUUUUUACUUGAAAAUUUCAAGGACACCUUACAUAUUUUUGCAGUUAACAUAACAAGAAAAAAUUUUUUAAGUAUAAAUGUUCACAAAUAUAUACACACACACAAGAUUUAAUUGGUAAAUAUAAUCUUUUCUCAAAGUAUUCUUUUUUUAUAUAACUUUUUAACUAAUCUUUGAAAAAUGUUAGCAAUAAAUAAGUGUGAAAGAUAUAUUUAUUUGCAAACAUUGCACUUAAUAAUCACUUACAUAAAUACAAACAGAUUUGUCCCACAAAAACACAAUAUGACAAUUUACAAAAUGCAAAUUUUAUAUAACAGCAGAUAGUAAAUGUCUGAAAAUCAUUUAGGACUAAUUAGAUCAUUAUUUCUGCUUUAAUAUUCAUUUACAUUAUAUGUCACAACCAAAGAAUAAUUAAAAAUGUGCAUUAGUUAGGCACAUGUGUAUUAAAAAACAAUAUUAACUAUUAAUUCAUUACUUCUAUAUUAUUUUUCUACAAGAUCUCAGUCUCUAAUCAAAUGAAGUUUUAACUAUCAUUGGCAUUGCGAAAGUUUUAUGAAAAUUGUUACACAACAAAAAAUUUAAGGCCUUUAGAUAUUUCUAAUAGAAAUCUAAAAUGUAUUCUCUCUUGUAUGGUUAAUAUAACAAUUAUAUAUAAAUGUGAUUUACAAAGUUAUGAACGCAUUGGUUUUUAGGUCAGUCAUCCACCCUGGUAUUGAGAAAAAUUGUGACUAUCUAAAUAAUGUACACGCAUAAAAUCAUUGUGUUAAUGAAACAUAUAAGAAGUUAUAUAGAAUUAAAUUUAUCUGUUCAUAAUAUGACAAAAACAUAAUUUUUAUAUACAAAAAAAAAACCAGUAAUCAAUACAUUAUGAUAUAUCAACAAUCAAAAUUAUUUUUACAUAACAUUAAAAAAUUUAUGAAUUUUUAAUUACUGUAUUGUACAUGUCAAUACUUUUAUAUUAAUUUUAAGAGAUGAUUAUAUUUAAUAAAUGAGAAAUAUAUAUAUAUAUAUA